AUGGAAACAAGAAAAAUGUAUCUUGAUUGGCAACAUCGUGCAAGAGAAGAUGUUUUGCAAGUGUUCGGUGACAAGAAGCCGGAUUUUGAUGGCUUAUCUCAUCUUAAAGUUACAAUAACCAAUGAAAUUUUGCAUGCACAGGUUACUAUGAUAUUGAAUGAGGUUCUUAGGUUAUAUCCAUCAGUGGUUUUACUUGACCGAACGGUUCAAAAUAAAACACAACUUGGAAAUUUGACAUUACCACCUGGAGUGCAUCUCUACCUGCCCACAGUGCUUGUUCAUCAUGACCGUGAACUCUGGAGUGAUGAUGAAACUGAGUUCAAUCCUGAGAGAUUCUCAGAAGGAGUUUCGAAGGCAACUAAGGGUGGGCUUUGUUUCUCCCCUUUCGAAUGGGGACCUCAGGCUUGCAUUGGGCAAAACUUUGCUAUGAUGGAAGCAAAAAUGGCUUUGGCAUUGAUUUUACAGCACUUAACAUUUGAGCUAUCCCCAUCCUAUGUUCAUGCUUCUUUCACCUUUAUCACUCUACAACCACAAUUUGGUGCUCCCAUUAUUUUGCACAAAUGUUAG